CACUCAGAGCUCCUCCACCCGGUGUCUGCUAACACACCUCCAACAGGAAAAGGACAAGAUGUCACUUGAUGAAAGAUGGAGGAGAGCCCUGAGAUCCAUCCUGGAGCUGCUGACUCCCUCAGACUUCACUGAUAUGCUGUUCUACCUGGACCAGAUCCCUCAGGGAGUGAAGACCAACAAGACCAGAGAGGAGAUCCCUGAUCUAGUCAUCCAGUACUAUGGGACAGUAAACUCCAUCUCUGAAAUAUAUGAGAUAAUGAGGGAGAUACCGAGGAGGGACGCUGCAGUCCAGGACCUGCUGCGCCCCUUUGUGGAGGAACUGAAGGAACAAGCAGAGAACAGCGUCCCAGCGAGGGCAGCGGGCAGCGUCCCAGCAGCGGGCAGCGUCCCAGCAGCGGGCAGCGUCCCAGCAGCGGGCAGCGUCCCAGCAGCGGGCAGCGUCCCAGCAGCGGGCAGCGUCCCAGCAGAGGACAGCGUCCCAGCAGCGGGCAGCGUCCCAGCAGAGGACAACGUCCCAGCAGAGGAAAAGCUGUUAAAAGUCCGGAAAGAGUUCAUAAAAAGAGUGUCUGGUCCAGUUCUGAACCAGCUCCUGGACCAACUCCUGGAGGGUCGUUUCAUAAUUGACGAGGAGAUGCAGUCCGUCUUAACUAAUAAAACCAGCGAGGCCAAAGCCCGAGAAGUGAUCGACCUGGUUCGGAGAAAGGGGAAUAAAGCCAGCGCCCUUCUGAUCCAGACUCUCUGUGACGUCGAUAAACCCGUAGCAGAGGAGCUGAAACUAAUCUGAAGCUAAGGAAAGAAACUAUGGAGGAUUGACAUCUUUUAAUUAGAAUCAAUGUUAACCCUCAUGUUGUCCUCAUGUUGUCCCCAUCUUGUCCCCAUGUUGCCCUCAUGUUGUCCUCAUGUUGCCCUCAUGUUGCCCUCAUGUUGUCCUCAUGUUGCCCUCAUGUUGUCCCCAUGUUGUCCCCAUCUUGUCUUCAUGUUGUCUUCAUGUUGUCCUCAUGUUGUCCUCAUGUUGUCCCCAUGUUGUCCCCAUGUU